AUGGCUCAAUCCCACUCGCGGCCCCUGCCUUCACUUGAAGAGAUUUGCGCAACGACUCUUGCAAAGCUCAGUCGAGAUCCUUGCCGGUGGCAAGCGCGUGCAACACAACUUGUCCUGGAGCGUAAGAACGACCUAAUCAACAUCGCGCCUACUGGAUCAGGCAAAACACUUACGUUCUGGAUGCCCCUCCUGUUCAGGGAGGAUGGCAUUCAAAUUGUGGUUACACCCCUCAAUAUUUUGGGGACGCAAAAUGAGCAGGAGCUCGCAAGCAUCGGUGUUCGUGCUAUUGCGAUCAGGGCUGAGACCGCAACGCCUCAGGUGUUUCGUGACAUUGCCGAGGGGAAGUACCGCGUGAUUGUUGUAAACCCGGAGGAGCUUAUGAAGGAUGGCGGCGGCUUCGAACGGCUGUGGAAGAACAGCAGUUUUACCUCAAAAAUAAUCAGCAUUGUCUUCGAUGAAGCACAUUGCAUCAGCAUCUGGAAGUCAUUCCGCCCAGACUACAAGAACAUUCACCGUCUACGUUACAUUUUGCCCAACGUUCCAUUUGUCCUGGCGACUGCCACCCUUCCAGAUGAGAUGCGACGAGAAGUCAUGACGACACUUCAAAUACGUCCCGACCGCUGUACCGUGUUACGGCGUUCGAAUGAUCGACCAAACGUGCACAUCGAGGUGCGGCGCAUCCAACAUGCGCAGUCGAGCUUUGAAGACCUCGACUUCUUGGUCUUACCGAAGACUGAACGCGCGUCUGGGGAUCCCAUCCCGAAGUUAUUGGUCUUCUUCGACAAUAUUGAAGAGAUACACUGGUUCCACGCACAGAUGUCCGAGCAGUUCCGGGAGGAUGAUCUCGGCGCAUUCAAUUCAUCAAAGCUGUAUGGUCUGUGUAGCACAGACUCGUUCGGAAUGGGUGUGAACAUUGCGGACAUUCGCAUUGUUGUGCAGUGGCGCUUGACUUGCAACCUGAAUACGCUAUGGCAACGUUUUGGACGCGCCGCGCGUGACUUGUCCCUCGACGCGGUUGCUGUCCUCCUCGUCGAGGCACGUUAUUUCGAUGAAGAGAGAGAGAAAGUGAAGGGUUGUGCUGACAAGCGCGCUGAGAAGAGGAAAGCUGAUCUGUCAGCGCAAAAACCUGCGAAGAAGACACGUACCCAGGGCCCACCACCUGCGGCAGUAACAGCGUCAUCCUCCACGAACGUCGAGUCGGAGACUCGACACGACGAUGUGCGGCAUGCGGGCGAUGAGCAAGCCCGGGCCACAGGCGGGGACCACGGCGUCUCAGGCCUCCCAGGUCAAGGAUCAUCCCAGGAACCGCCAAUAAGCGCCGGAGGUGUGGCGCAACAUGUCGAUCUUGCAAGUUUGCAUGCGGAGUUUGAGGCAGCACGGGCAGUCACGGGUCGAGCGGCGAAAAGAAAACACAAGCAGUCCGUCGCAGAUGCAAGUCAACUGUCGCCAGAGUUGGAUGCACUCGUGAACGCGGCCACAAGGCCGUUUCGAUGCUAUCGAGCGCCGAUCAUGGCAUAUUACCGGAAUGACCAGAUAGGUAAGAGUGUUAGCUCAAUAUGGAAGGGUAGGUUGAUCCGCCUUACAAGCACUUACCUAACAGAGCCAGACAACCCGCCUUGUCGCCCCACUGGGUGUUCUCGAUGUGCGACACGAAGCCCAGUUGUAUGCUGCAUCCUCUGCUCCCCCGACGCUCAGUGCUUCAAGGCAAUUGCACCUGGUGAAUGUCAUACCGCUGCCCGCCCUGAUGGCGCCUCUCGCAUCAAGAAAGACAUGGUGAUCUCACCGGCUGGGCGCGACCUCAGGACGGCACUGAAUACCUUCCGUCGAGAACGCACGAUCGAGAAGUAUAACAAGGCAUUGCUUGACGCCCUUGGUCCAAGUGUUAUUCUCCCAGACAACGUACUUGAUCACCUGGUCGAGUGUGCGCAGGCCGGCAAGAUCAAGUCUGCUACAGACUUGCAGCGCGAGGUGGGGAAGAAGUGGGGCAAAGUCCAGGAGCAUGGCGAGGCGGUGAUUGCUCUGAUUAUGCGGUGUGUUGCCUCCGUAUACCAAUCUCCCUGUCACUUGAUCUUCGGAUAG